GUCCCCUUGUGCUCUCCGACGACUCCGACAUUCGUCCGAUUCGUCGUCAAUCAGGAAAAGGAGGAACGUGCAUCGGCUAAUCGAGUUUUAUUGCGGAUGAUUGCGGAUCGACGUGAUCCAGCGAGGAAGAAAGAAUCAGAGGAAGAGAAGGUAGCAAGAAAGAAAGGCGUGGGUUUGUGCGAGAAAGGCGAGGAGCGACGAACCAAUAGACACCUCUAGACUAUUGACGUAUCUUCUGCGAUCGGAAAGAUGCCUAACAUAAAGCUACAAAGCUCUGAUGGCGAGGUAUUUGAGGUUGAUGUUGAAAUUGCUAAAUGUUCGGUCACCAUCAAGACCAUGUUGGAAGAUCUUGGUAUGGAUGAGGAUGAGGAAGAGGUUGUGCCUCUUCCAAACGUUAAUUCUGCAAUAUUACGAAAGGUCAUACAAUGGGCCACCUAUCACAAAGACGACCCACCACCCCCAGAAGACGAUGAAAACAAAGAAAAGCGUACAGAUGAUAUUAGUUCUUGGGAUGCAGAUUUCUUAAAGGUCGAUCAAGGGACACUCUUUGAGCUAAUCUUGGCAGCUAAUUAUUUAGAUAUCAAGGGACUCUUGGACGUUACUUGCAAAACUGUUGCGAACAUGAUCAAAGGCAAGACGCCUGAAGAGAUACGUAAAACUUUCAACAUCAAGAAUGACUUCACGGCUUCUGAGGAGGAACAAGUGCGCAAGGAGAAUGAAUGGUGCGAGGAGAAAUAAACCGGAAUUGCGAUUACUUACGAUCGCGUAAAAUCUUUUUGGAAUAUUCAUUAGAUUCGUCAUUGCGUUACUAGAUGUGUCGAACUUAACCACAAUUAAUGUUAUUUUAAUAAAUUUUUGUGUGGCAGUUUCUCUUUACGAGAAGAUCCUAGUUAAUCAUGGUCAAAAUCAAAUAACAUUGUAUACAUAUGUAUCACGUAGGUCCAUUGUUAUUUAUUUCAAUAAUUAAAUAAAGAUAGAAUAAUGACUGUAUUACUUUGAAAUGUACACUUACAUAUUUCACUCUUUGAAGUUUGAUAGAUUCGAAUAUUUCUAGUAACAUUUAUAAGCAUAAUAUACUUUAACUAUGAAUCUUCUCUCAUUUGCGAGCUUCUAGCAUACCACUUUAGAUAACGCUAAUGAAUUUACAUAGUAUAAAAUUUUAAAUUUAUAUUUAAGAGUCUAUGUGGUUUAAUGAUAUUAAAUAAACUUGGAAGUAUUAUUAAAAAUUAUAAACCUUAAAUUUAUUUUCUGCUGCAUCCUUCAAAUUCUUCGAAAACGUGCUAAUUUCAAAUAAAAAGGAUUAUUCAAUUAAA